AUCCGUCAAGACGCCCGCUUGGCCCCGCACGACCUACCGGGAAGACGGAACAAUGUUGGCUGACGUUAGCUAGCCGCUGAGGACGUUCAGCGCCAUCACUUGUGAAAUGGGAGCCCUGGAAAAUAUAAAAUAACAUAAGCUGGAUCACACUGAAGACAGCCUUGACCUCCACAAAAUGCACCAGUCCAGUGAGGACAACUUGGAUGGAGACAGGAAACGCAAUUCCAGUGGAAGCAUGACACGGAAUUCAGAAUCUUCCUCCAAAUCCAAGUCAGGCGACAACAAGAAGAGGAAUGGCAAAAGAAGCCCAGCAAGCAACGAGGCCAGAACCAGGAGACGGGAUGCAUCUCAUGGCGACAGGAACAGUGGCUCCUACUAUUCGGAGGACUAUGAGAACAGCUCGGCCUCUGGCUGCUCUCUUUCUGCCAGUUCCCAUUCCCUGUCCCCUGUCCCGCGGAGCCUGGCCCCUACCAAACGGGUCUCCAGCAGCCCGCUGCGGAAACCAGGCCUACGAAAGUCAGGCUCUCGGCACCUUCGCCCAGGUGCUCCCCCGCAGCAGGGCGGGGGACGCUCUCAGAGCCUGAACAAGGACCCUUCGCCGAAGGACUUGGACCUAGUGACCAAGCGCAUGCUGUCAGCGCGCCUGCUUAAGAUCAAUGAGCUGAAGAACGAGCUGGCUGAGACGCAGAUGCGGCUGCAGCAGCUGCAGCAGGAGAACAAGGUGCUGCGGCAACUGCAGCUCCGUCAGGAGAGGGCGCUGCAGCGCUUUGAGGACACCGAGAGCGAGAUUGCCCAGCUUCUCUCGCGUCACAACAGCGAGGUGCAUGCGCUGCGGGAGCGUCUCCGCCGAAGCCAGGAGCGGGAGCGUGCCACAGACAGGCAGCAGCGGGAGGCGCAGGAAGAGCUGAGCCGCUGCCGGGCUGCCCUCCAGAAGUUGCGACGGCUGGCCGAAGAACGCCACCUAGGGGAGAGGGAGGAGCUGGCACGCAAGCUGGAGCAGGUUGAGGGGCGCCUUGCUGACAGCGACCGUAGAGUCAAGGACCUGGAGCGGAACCUGGAGCUGACGAGCAGCAGCCUCCAGCGGCAGCUGACAGCAGAGAGGAGAAAGACCCAUGAGGCUCUGGAGGAGGCCAAGGGCCUGAGGGAGGAGCUGGAGCGCCUAUGCCACAAACUCAAGGAAAAGGAAAGGGAACUCGAUACCAGGAACAUUUAUGCCAACCGGAUGAAACCUGCACACAGAAAAGAGGCAGAGAGCUCCACAAAGAAAAGAGCCCCCCCCACAAGUGCCACCAAAGAGGUGCAGACAGAGGACAGGAUGUUCUCCUUGGAGUUUCCGACCCCACCUCCCGCCAUCACGGACAGAAAGGAGCCCCCCCGGAGAGAUGAGUACCUCUCGAUGAAGGUCCAGCAGGAGGCGUCAGAGGGAGAGAACUGGCACAAGGUGGGGAGAGAGAAAGAGGAGGAGGUACACCGAGAGCAGGAGAUGGAGAAUGUCAGGAGGCUGCGGGGAGAUAAGGGUCCCACCCCCAGUUCUGCUGUUAGCCCCCUGACUGAAGCAGCAGAUUCUCGAAUGUCCAUGUCAAACACAUGGAGGAGGCAAGGGGAGCCCACGCUUCUGGGAGAGGAUGAGGGGAGGAGGAGGUGGGGCCACGACUCCCCUCCGGUGCAGGAGAAGCAGGAAGGGGAGAAAAGGGUGAGGAGCCAGGAGGCCCUGGAGGAGCGCAGCAGGAAGAAUCAGCUUCUGGCCAAAAUGAAAGAGAUCGACCUACAGGGCCGUGACGCAAACACAGACAUGAUUGUCUCUGGUGUCUCUGAGCACCAGCCAGGCUGGACACCACCGCAGUCCAUUUUCAGCCUCACAGACCCGGGGGAGAACCUGCAGGACGGGGGCCGAGAGCCACUGAGGAAGUCUGAGCCCUUGGGGAAGAGGGGCCUUCGGACUCUGGGCUCCAAUGAGGACCUGUCGUUUGGCAACUACACCCCCUCGUUUGGUCGGCCGGCGCCAAGGGCUGGCCUGGUGAACCUGGCGGGCCCGAGGAGCGACGGGCUGGAGGAGAGGAGCCAGGACAACCCAGGUGUGGCAGGGGCACCGGCAAAGGAGCGCAAGUCCAACCUGAUGGAGCAGCUCUUUGGCACCGGUGCCAGCCCCAACAUGCCCGGCAGGCUGGAAGUGCUGAGCUUCUCCAGAGCCCCUCUGGGAGAGGGGAGCGCUGGAAAAUCCACAGAGACUAACGGGAAGCGGGGCGACUUCUUCCCAUUCAGCGGGGAUCCGUCAACUGGCUACGGCAGGGGCACUAUACAGGUGGCUGAGAGUCGCCCUGCUGUGAGGGCCAUCGCCUCCUUCGAUGACGAGAUCGAGGAGGUGACACUCUAAGCUUCAGGCAAGUGGGGGACCAUCCACCAUUUCCACCGAAAGGCAAAGGAUAAUGUUCAGUGAAGUCAGUAGAUGCAUUAAUGUUUUAUACUGUGUAUGUACUUAGAAAAAGUGAUUGUGCGUGAAAUCAUUUCCCUGUUUCACUGCAUCAAUCAGUUGUAAACACUAAACAAGGACUGCGUCUCUGUAUUUGUUAACAGAGGGACAUUUUAAAUGGCUACACCAGAGCUUUCCCCAUUCUGAACACAACUGUGGGCAAGAUUUCACAAUUACUCAGGUAGAAUCAUGUUUGGGUUCGAAAUUGGAAUUAACCCAAAAUGUGUGGCAUAUGGAGCCAACCAUAAGCACUAACCAGAAGCCUAUUUAAUUAGAGCACCAUGUGUGUAAUUCAGGGAGUUUGAAACAUAAAGGACAAAGAGGACUAAAUUAAAUGUUAUUUGUACAUCUUUACUUUUGUACAAAUUCAGUAGCGUACUUUGAUUACAAGCUGUUUUGCUAAUUAAGACAUUUAGUAUUUUUGUGCAGGUGGCUGUGUUUGAAAGCUCUUGAAUAUGUAUGUUCAACACAAAACAUAUGAACCUUCUAGAGAAAUUAGAAAUGCAUCUUUACACAGUAAAGACAUGGUGCAGUGAGUUAAUGUUCAUGUUUCAGAGAAGGGACACAUCAUUUGUUUUUCCUGAACACUGUGGAAUUUUGUACAAGAUUUAGUAAUCUGUCAUCACAAUCUGACUUUUUCCACUAAAAGAAUGGAAUUUGUUUUAUUUGUAAAUGUUUUUACUAGUGAAAUAAUUGUGCUUUAUUAAAUAUCAAACUGCCUUUUCCCUA